AUGGCUUUAGUAUUUAGAACUGCUGCCCAAGUAGCUGGAAGUUCACUCUCUUUGCUGGGAUGGGUUUUAACCUGUCUCACAAACUACCUGCCCCAUUGGAAAAACCUCAACCUGGACUUGAACAUAAUGGAAAACUGGACCAUAGGACUCUGGCAAGCCUGCGUCAUCCAGGAUGAAGUGGGGACACAAUGCAAAGACUUUGAUUCUUUCCUGGCUCUGCCCGCUGAGCUCCGGAUCUCCAGGGUUUUAAUGUUCCUGUCCAAUGGGCUGGGCUUUCUGGGUCUGCUGGUGUCCGGGUUUGGGCUGGACUGCUUGAGAAUUGGAGAGAGACAGCAAGAGCUCAAGAAGUGGCUGCUAAUCUUGGGAGGGAUUCUGCUGUGGACCGCCGGCCUCGCAGCACUGGUGCCUGUGUCCUGGGUCGCCCACGUGACUGUCCAGGAGUUCUGGGAUGAGACCAUCUUGGAGACUGUACCCAGGUGGGAGUUUGGGGAGGCCCUCUUCCUUGGCUGGUUUGCUGGGUUUUCUCUCCUGGUAGGGGGGUGUCUGCUCAUCUGGGCAGCCUGUUCUGCCCAUGCUCCUCUGGCUUCGGGCCACAGCUCAGCAGCGGAGGCACAGGGUCUCCGUCAGUACCCUGUGGAGAUGAGGGACAUGCACCUGCAAAUCUAA